UUUUUUAGAUAACUGUCUUGUUGUAUGCUUGUAAGGAUGAUUUAUUACUUAAUCGCGCAAAAUAUGACGAGCUAAGAUCAACUCUGAUGCUGUUCGGCUACAAUUUGGCACUGCAUAAUCGGCCAAUCAGUGUGCGGGCAUUGAUGCUAUGCUUGGUCGUGUUGUUCAGUUCUUAUGAGAGCUAUAGAAGAUGGCUGAUUAAAAAUGCUAGAAUGAGCAGCGGAGGAGUGAAGUUCAGCAAGUAUGACUCAGUGGAGCAAGUGGGCGUGGCCAUGUGUGAACAGGUGGUGCACAGUGCUCUCGAGUGUCUGCAGAUGAAGAAGCAGUUCUCGCUUGGAGUGUCGGGUGGAUCCAUGACUAAGCUGCUGUCCAAUCUACCCAAGCUGUUUGCUGACAACGAGGUUUUGAAAGCUGGUUUGGACAAUGGACAGGUGAAAAUAUUCCUGUGCGAUGAGCGGAAAGUGUCCUACGAAAGCGAAGACUCCACUUAUGGAGCGUACAAGAAAGUGUGGACUGGUGGCUCUGUGGACCUGGUCUCAGCCCUGGUGCCCAUCAACCCCGACCUGUCUCUGGCAGAGUGUGCCUCUGACUAUGAGGCCAAAAUGGCAGCUUCAACUGGUCCCUCUUUGUCCCUAGAUCUGGCGCUUCUCGGAAUUGGACCGGAUGGCCACACGUGCUCACUGUUUCCUGCUCAUCCUCUUUUGAAGGAAUCAAAAGUGGGCAUUGUUCCUAUCAGUGAUUCGCCGAAGCCCCCUCCCGAGAGAGUGACUCUGACUUUGCCUGCGGUUAGAGCAGCAGCUAAAAAGAUAGUAUUCGCUACUGGAUCCGGCAAACAGCCUAUUGUCAAGAGGGUUCUGGUGGACGGUGAAACUUCAGACGUUAUUCCAGUGUCUCUUGUCCCUUCGGGAAAGCAGGACGAAUCGGUUCUCUGGCUCAUAGAUGGCGAAUCCAGUAAGGACCUGAACCUAUAACCUGUUGUAUGCAACUAAUGGUGCUGUAUUUGGAACUUAGAUUAUUACUGUUAAUUAUUCUUAUCUAUCACAACAGACAAAUUUCAGUGUCGAUAAAUUAUAUUUUUUUCUUAUUUUAAAUGGCACUCUUCAGUUCUACCACUGUGUCAUUGAAGGCAGUGCUGUUGAUUGACCGCUCCCGCUCUGCCCCUUUUUCUACCAUUACUUCUGCUCUAAUUGUCUGACAACACAAUGUGAACAAUAAAAAUUUAUAAAAUCAAAA